AUGUUGGUCUUCACUCCUCCGACUAACCCAUGGAUUGGCUUUAUUGUUGAGUUGACUACAUUGAUGGAGUCUCCCCCUUUAGUCAUUUGCAAACCCAGCCUCUUUACUUCCUCAACGGAGAUGAAGUUAUGGGAAGCACCCGUGUCCAGCAUUGCUCUUGUAGUCAUCCUGUCUAUUAACAUCUCUACAAAGAGUAACCCUUCGCUUGGGGUUUUGCUGGAGCUUGCAUCCCAUUCAUCAGUUGCUUUCGGCGACCGCGAUGACAGUGGCAAGAUCUUGCACUCCGCGUCUCCUAAGCUCAGUCUUUGCCCAUUAUUGAAGUCCAUCCAUGAAAUUGAAUGGAGCAUCCUUAUUAGACAUGUUGGGGAUUUCAAGAAACAUGCUAUUCAACUUCCUUCAACCAAACCAAGCCAUGCACCCUAUCCUCCUCCUCCCUCCCAUCACCACCACCUUCCUCCUCCUCCUCCUCCUCCCCUAUGGAUCCCUCGCCGGACCCAACUCCACUUCCGUCGCCAAGGCAUCACCGGCCCGCCUUACCGUCCCUUCAUCGGCAACGCCGGCGACAUCCGCAAGCUCGCGGCGGCCGCUCUGUCCCAACCGAUGCCGAAACUCUGCCACGAUAUAUUGUGGCGAGUUGACCCGCGUUACGCGCUAUGGUCGGCAGCACACGGCAAGACCUUCCUGUUCUGGUUCGGGACUCGGCCGCGGCUGGCUUUCGCAGAGCCGGAGAUGGUGAAGGAGGUGCUGUUGAAUACAGGUGGGGGAGGAGGAGAGUUUGAGAGGAUGCAGGAGACUCCUAUUGUGAAGUAUUUGCUUGGGGAUGGCUUGUUUAGGUUGAGGGGACCGAAGUGGGCAAAGCAUAGGAGGAUUAUUAGCCCCGCUUUCAACAUGGAGCGUGUUAAGGAGUGGGUACCAGUAAUGGUAGAGAGCACAAUGAGGAUGGUGAAGAAAUGGGAUAAAGAGAACGAAGGAAAGACAACAUUUGAAAUAGAAGUACACAAAGAGCUUCACAACUUCACAGCAGAAGUCAUCUCCAGGGUUGCGUUUGGUAGCAGCUAUGAUGAGGGAAAGCGCAUUUUUCAGCUCCAGGAAGAGCAAAUGAUUAAUGUUUCUCAUGCUAUACGCCAAGUUUAUAUUCCUGGUUUCAGAUUCCUACCUACGGAGUCAAACAAAAGAAUGUGGAGAAUAGAUAAGGAGAUACAAGAAUUGUUAAAGAAACUUGUUCAAUCAAACCGAGAUACUGAUAAAAACUCAAGAUAUUUGCUUAAUCGUAUGAUAUCUGCUAAAAAGCAUCAAAAACGAGAAGAGAGGAUUGAGACACAAGAAAUCAUAGAGGAAUGCAAAGCAUUCUAUUUUGCUGGAAAAGAAACAGGGGCUAACUUCUUAACAUGGGUACUAAUAUUGCUAGCAUUAUAUCCAGAUUGGCAGCAGAAAGUGCGAGAAGAGGUCCUUAAAAUUUGUGGUCAGCAAAAUGUUCCUGAGGCCGAGGACUUGGGCAAACUUAAUCUUGUGAGUUCUCAGUUUUUUAUUUUGAUAUUUAAAAUUUUAUAUUUUAAAAUUUAUAUUCAGAGCUUGAAUCACAUUUGUUUGAAAUAUUUGCAAGUAUAAUGUAGAAAUCAAUAGAUCAAGACUAAUGUAAAUGACAAUUAUGGUUCCUACAUAAUACAACCA